AUGCAUAAGGCAUUCUCGAGAAACAGAGACGCAAGAGUGCAUAUUCGGAAAGAGUCUCAACGUUUGGGAUACCCAUCCGUUGUGUCAGUAUUUCAGAAUCUUUCGAAAGAAAAGAGAGACGAACUUGCGGACAAGUAUCCAUUGUUUUAUAAACUAGAAAAACGGAUACCGUAUCAUUGGGAUUUCGUAGGACACAUUGUGUUCGAUUUAUUCUUCAAGACCUGGAAAUUGCGUCACUUAAUUACUUUUGCAAAGUUUCGUAUGUACGGUUUCUUCUACACUACCACACUCCUACCUUUGGAAUUUCGAGAGUGGCUAAGAGAAAAAUUGAACCAUAAGGAUGGAACAGGUAUUCACAGGGACAGUGUGCCCUUUUUAAAUCGCGCCGGUACAGUGAUUAACUAUUUUUUUGUCGAGUAUAUUGCAACUUCUCAUAUCAUUCGCACUACAGUACCACUGAUGAUAAAUAACUUGGCUGUUAAUUUUCACAUCGGGGACGAGUACUUUCCAAAUUUUUUCAAACAGUUCGAAAAGUCAAAAAUUAGAAAUCUUGACUUCAAUGCUGAAACGAUGCCUGAUUUUAUGAAUGACGAGGAGCUUCUCCAAACAGUUUUUGAAGACAUGACGAAACUAACAGUGAAAAAUGUCAGAGUUUUUGCCCACAUGGUGCCAACUGCGUCUUUGCAAAGACUUUGGACCAUGAAAGCCCAGACAAUGGAACUUCGGGACGAGUUCACAAGUGGACCACGAUUCUUACAGGUCUGUGAAGACUUGAGAUCGGGAAAAGUACCGUUCAACCGGUUUCAAUAUACUGGAUAUGUUCGAAUGACUGGAGAUCAAUUCGAUGGUUUUUGGAACCAAGUGAAAGAACGAGUAGGAUUUGGAAUUGAUGACGACGUUAGAGUAAAUGGGAACUCAAUUCAUUUCAAAACAAGCGAUGGUAAUCUUGGAAUCGAAAUGGGCUUCAAAAAACUGAUGUUCCCGUUUAAUUGCUAUCAGCUUUCCGCCAAAAUGGAUAAAGAAAAAGAUAACUCCUGGAAAUUCCAACUACCAGCAACUGUGAGCUGCUUUCUUCCAAAAAUCAAAAGAACUAUAAAUCAUCUUCUAUAUAUCAAUGUUAUACAGAUUAGCAUUGUUAUACCGUUGAUAACCUUCCCUAUCGUUUUUCUUCUUUUUAAUGUACUUAUCGGUAGUUAUAUAAUGGUUCUCAUUCUCGCGGCACUUCACGCUAAUUGCGUCGUUGUUUUUUAUCUUACUAUGAGGCUCGUUCUUGCAGAAUGGCAUUGA